AUGCAGGACCCUGACCGUGACUGUGACACGCAGUCACUGACUGACAGUGUGACGGACUACCCUAUUGAAAACGGAAGACGGUAUCACAAGUACCAUGAAGGGGCCUAUCUCUACCCCAACGACGAGCAAGAGCUGGAUCGUCUAGACAUGCAGCAUCACAUGUUUAAAAUGGUACAAAAUGGCAACCUAUUUCAUGUCCCGCUUGACAAUCCGAAGCACAUUCUCGACAUUGGCACUGGCUCUGGAAUAUGGCCAAUCGAGAUGGCGGCUUUGUUCCCAAAAGCCGAAAUUACAGGAACAGACCUCUCGCCGGUGCAGCCAACAGAAGUGCCCGAGAACGUCCAUUUUCUCAUUGACGAUGCCACCGAAGAAGAGUGGCUUUGGGACCAAAACCACUUCGACUUCAUUCAUACUUCUCACAUGACAGGCGCAAUGCCCUCAUUCAAGAAACUUCUUCGACAAUCCUACAAAUACCUCAAGCCUGGGGCUUACAUCGAAUGCCAGGAGAUGGACCCCAAGCCAAAAUGCGACGACGAUACUAUGCCUCCCGAAAACCCUGACGGCUACAGCGCCUUUGCUCUACAUGAUUGGUUCGAUCUUAACAUGCGCUCAAGCCAGGAUGCCGAUCCGCCUCGGCAGUUCCGAAUAGCACACCGGAUCGAGAAGUGGAUGAAAGAAACAGGAUUUGUGGAUGUCCAGCAGCGUGUCUACAAAGUGCCCACCAAUCCCUGGCACAACGAUGACCAUAUGAAACGGAUAGGGUCCUGGAGCGAGAGUAAUUGGCUCGAGGCCCUUUCGGGAUGGUCAUACAAACCAUUUAUUGCACUGGGCUGGUCGAAACCGGAAAUCGAAGUCUUCCUUGUCGAUGUGAGGAAGAGUAUCCAGAACCGCAGUGUGCACGCCUAUAUGGACUACUAUGUGGUCACAGGCCGAAAGCCCCUUUCAAACGAAACGCCUCCUCCAGCUCCCCACGGUCAGGGUGCUUAUAUAAUCUUGAUUAGUCACCGCCAAGGCCGACUGACCCUGAAGCUUCGGCUUUCGCCAACCACCGCUGCGACAUUUGCAACCCUCAAUUGGCUCACGUAUGCCAACAUUAUCCUCAUGUCAUUUGGUAGACAUGCCUACCGGCAUGCGCUAAAGCCACCGCCCGCUCAGAUUCUCGACCACCUGUGGAUCAGUGAUGAUUUGCUCGCCGCGACCUUCCGUCGCUUCGCCAAUGGUCAGCGACGACAUGGCAGUUACGUUCCCGGGCCUCUUGAGGCACGAAGGCGCCUUGCGAAGCGGCGGAACACUGUUCUCGCGAGCAUGGGCGGAGGAUCAUCGGAUGAUCUUGCGUGUCUGUUUGGGCGCAAUGGGAGGGAACAUAUGAAGUGGACGGACCGUCCCUGGCAGAGAGCGCAUUUGAAACCUCAAGAAAACCUCGACGAUUACUCACUAGGCAUUCCCGAGGCUCCUUUCCCUUUUUACGGCCAGAAUCCAAACACGCGUGAAUCCCAUUCGCCAGAGCAUCAGUUGUCCAAUUCCUUUGAUGCUGGCACAGCCACGCGCAGUGAGCUCCUGGAUCAAUUUCUGGGAAAAGAUAAGUGGGGGAUUGAGGAUGCCAGGGAUUUUGUCCGUCGAGUGCAAAUUGAUCUCCAGCGGGAGCCACGGUAUAGCCGACAGAUAUUCGAGAAGUUGCGCCAGCGUUCCGACAUAACAGAGGCCAUUGCAUUUCUGCAGGACCCGUUCUUGAACACUUGCGGCUCUGGGAAUUUUCUUGCAGCCAUGGAGCCCUUCACUCGAACGAAAACGAAACGUUCUAUGCAGACUGCAUUUUUUGGCGCGAUUAACCGUGCCCUGGAGCUGGGAUUAAUUCCGGCUGAUGAACUCUGUCUCAUCAUUAAGACUCUACCGAAAACUAUCAUCGAGGGGAAUAACAGGCUGGGAGACUGGUAUCCCAAGACGCUUCGAAAACACUACCGGGCAAUGUGGACAGCAAUCGGACGAUGUAACGUUCUUGGGUAUCGUGACCUGGACACGAAAGUUGUGGAUGCUUGGCUAGGACAACUCCUCAAGACGCGCACUUUUUACUUUGCCGAGGAAAUCAUCAUUGCUACACAUAAUCCCGAUUCAGAUAGUCGCUGGGCCUCAACCUUGAUCAAAAGCUGGCUGGAGGUCAUGGGGCCGCUCGAUACAGAUACGGGACUACGAUAUCCUAGCAAACUGCUCACCCAAUUGGACACAGACUCCGCAGCCACUUGUCUCAUUCAAGUGACCGAGUCCUUUGUGUCGUCCAAGGACAAGACUCACAGAUAUCGACUGCUCGAGCGGUGGAGGGAUUGCUUGUUGAAUGUGCCCAACGUUUCGAACAUUGCGAGUUCACAUGUCUGGCUGGAUCUUCCCGAUGCCUAUACCGAAGGGCUCGGAGAGAACCUGGCUUCCAGCACAUCCAAUCUACCGGCACAGCAUCAGAUCAUUGUGCGCCUUUGGGUUUUACGGACAUUAUGCCAAUCUGUUGGGGCCAUGUAUAAUCAAAGCGCCCGAAUCACAGACAUGCCAAUCAUGCUGCUGUUCAACCUCUACGAGACCACAACAACCCAAAGUGAUGGGUCUUUCCUCUCGGACUUGAUGCGCGGAAUUCUCGAUGUAGAGCUUCCUUACAAUAGCCUCCUAUUGCUGGCUGUCGAUCUCAAGCUGGGAAAGCUGGUUAACAAAGCCAAUCGCAAAACUCUCGAACUGCUGGAAACCUCUCAGAUCUCUUUGAACGAUGUCUGGAAUAACCAGAUAGCUUACAACGGGGUCCGAAACAUUUUCUACGGCGCAUUUGAACAAAUGGUCCGCCACAUAGAUCUCACCAAUUCGUCAUCCAUGGAAGAGUGCCUGCGUCUGGCCCGAGCAGGAGACUCGGAGAGCGUCUGGAUCCUCACCCGGCUCCUCGACAUGCAUACCCCGUUGAAAAUGUCCCUCCACAAGGCUUGGCUACACAUCGUCGAUCCGGGAGAAAAAGCUCUCGUGCGCUACCAUCCAGGGCCCCGCUCCAGCCAUUACCCCGAUCCGCGCGCUGCAGUGGACUUCAUCCACCAACUGGCUAUUGCGGUUUCCUGCUCAGAGCAGCUGAAUCCAUCGCGCUCGUUCCAUCUCAUCCGCUGGCUGUACGCUUACUUGCGCAAGUGUGGUGCACCAGUGUAUCCGUCGUUUGUGCGGGCUAUGUAUCAUGCUGGCGUGGUACGAUAUCGUCGAGAAGGACGGUCCGUUGUGCCUACGCAGUAUGAGUACAUCAUGAAAGCCAUCUCGAAGUUUGAAUGGCCUGAUUCUCUUGGGCAACCAAAUACGCCUUCUCCAAUCGGACUUGAGUGUCCUGCUUCUAUUAACGCGAUUCUCGCCGACAAGAGCAGGAAGGCUGCUCGCAAGGCCGCGAAACCA